AUGCCGAUCCGCGGCCCAGUCCACGCCAAGCUCCACAAAAAGGACGCUGCCGAAACCCUCCGUGUCGGCCCCUUGACCAUCCGCAUUUACGAGGAUGGCUCUCUGACCGAGAACCGGGUCAGUGGUGUGCUGCUCGAGAUACCCGCCGGAAAGAGCGGCCCGCCGAUGCACUGGCACCGGUUCCACGACGAGUUGUUUCUCGUUACCAAGGGGGCCAUGACAUUCGUCACGCCAGACGGCGAGGUGGCGGCUUCGGCGGGUGACCUCAUGACUGUUCCUCCCGGGGCGGUGCACACGUUCAAGAAUGCGUCUGACACGGAGGACUGUGAGUGUUAUAUGACUGCUACGCCAGGGCACUAUGUGGAUUACUUUCGGAUGUUGGGCAAGGCGACGGAGGCUGGGAAGCAGCUCACUUCGGGUGAUGUUGAGCAUCUGAUGGCUUUAUUUGGCACAUUCCCUCCGAAUGUUGAGUCGGAGCCUUAA